AUGACUUUUGCAAUCUCCAAACGAUUUACUUCGUCCAAGGUCAAUCCACCAGAUGUACCCAAACCAAGCAAAGUUGAUGCCAAGAUGGAUGCUGAUUCCAGCAUAUGGAACAACCGAGCCGACUUUUUCAACCGCAAACGUUUCCUCGAUCACAACCUAUCCGAACUGGCCGGCAACCUGUCGUCCUUUUUGGUGCUGGCGGCCUACACCAUGACGGAUAUUUUUGCGUUACGUUUGGUCUCCUUAGUGGCCACGUCCCUGGCAUUGGUCUUUCAGUAUUAUCGCAAGAUUCCACUCUGGAUUCCCAUUCGAUGGAAUUUGGUACUGGUCUUGAUCAAUGGCGCCAUGGUGACCAAAUUGCAUUUGGAACGACAACGAGCGGAUUCUAUGACACCCACCAUGCAAGAAUUGUUUGAAAAGGGACACUUUCAACAAAGAGGAUUUUCCAAAGUGGAGUUCUUGCGACUCUACGAAUUGGCGCAAGUGGUCAAAGUGCCACCUGGAACAGUUGUCGUCAAGAAAGGACAGGCCAAACACAGUCUACAAUUUUUGAUUGAGGGAUCGGUCGAUGUGUUGAAAAAUGGCAAAAAGGUGGCGCAGCUGGAACAGUAUAAAUUCAUUGGGGAGAUUUCCCUCUUGGGCCGAAUGCUUCUCAACAAUAUGGACACGGGAGCUUCCGCAGACGUCGUGGUCCGCAAGAACAAGGAUGCCACCUUUUUGGUAUGGGAGUUUGAUGAACUGAUUCCAUAUUUGCAACAAGAUCGACAAGUUUGGAAUGCUCUGGCUUCGUAUUUGAACUAUGAUUUGACGUCCAAGUUGCUGCGGGACGGCAUGAUUCAACGAGCGUCGAGUGCCAAUCAUCCACUGGUGCUCCAGAAGAAACCACUAUUUCCACCACAAACAUGA